ACGGAGCAGCGGCAGAGCGGAUCUGCCCGCAUCGUCUCACACCGUCUCGGGACAGAAAGGUGUGGAAAUCUCGGUCACUUAGGCAGCCCACAGAACACACUCGGAGACGGCAUUGUGUUCGUAAUGCUGUCACACCUUGAAAAUCUCCGUGUCAGCGGAGAUAUGGAGACGCCGGGGAGGAUCGCAGCCACACCGGACGCCCUGGACAUCACGGUGGAAAACGUAGAGAAGGCUCUCCAUCAGUUGUACUAUGAUCCCAAUAUAGAAAACAAGAACCUGGCCCAGAAAUGGCUAAUGCAGGCUCAGGUCUCGCCUCAGGCCUGGCAGUUUUGCUGGGCCCUGCUGAGCCCAGACAAGGUGCCAGAGAUCCAGUAUUUCGGUGCUAGCGCACUCCAUACCAAGAUUUCCCGCUAUUGGUCAGACAUACCCACAGAUCAGUACGAGUCUCUCAAGACCCAGCUGUUCUCCCAGAUUGCCUGCUUCUCCUCUGGCUCCAAGAUGGUACUCACCCGCCUGUGUGUGGCCCUGGCCUCUCUGGCACUCAACACAAUGCCUGAGGCGUGGCCAGGCGCAGUUUCAGAGAUGGUGCGGGUGUUUCAGGAAGAGGGGGGAGGGGUGGAUGGCCGGGCACGCUGCCUGGCAUUGCUGGAGCUGCUCACUGUCCUGCCUGAAGAGUUCCAGACCAGCCGCCUGCCACAGUACCGAAAGGGACAGGUUCGGGGUGCCCUGGGCCGCGAGUGGGGGUCAGUGUGUCCCUUACUGCAGCAACUGCUGCGGCAAACAGACAGUCCUGGGGCGGUGAAAGCUCGCGUGCUGCGCUGCCUGUCAUCCUGGGUGCUGCUGGAUGUGCCCCUCAGCGAGAGCGAAGACCUGGUGCACGACUGCUUCAGUGCCCUGCCUGACCCAGAGCUCUUCGACACAGCAGUAGAGGCAAUAGUCAAUGCCAUCUCACAGCCCGACUCGCAAAGAUAUGUGAACACUUUGCUGAAACUGGUUCCUCGAGUGCUCGCCCUGCAGGAGCAGCUCAGAGAGGCUGUUCAGAAUGGAGACAUGGAGACGUGCCACGGAAUCUGCCGGAUCGUUGUCACAUUGGGAGAGAACCACUCCAGGACUCUGUUGGAGCAGGUGGAUCACUGGCAGAGCUUCCUGGCUUUAGUCAACAUGAUCAUGUUUUGUACAGGCAUCCCCGGCCACUACCCGGUCAAUGAGACUACCAGCUCCCUCACACUCACCUUCUGGUACACGCUACAAGAUGAAAUCAUGUCGUUUGAGCCAGAAAAGCAGGCAGUGUAUCUGCAGGUCUACAGGCCGGUGUAUUUCCAGUUGGUGGAUGUUCUGCUGCACAAAGCCCAGUUCCCGUCUGACCAGGAGUACGCAUCUUGGUCCUCAGAUGAGAAAGAGCAGUUCAGGAUCUACAGGGUGGAUAUCUCUGACACACUCAUGUAUGUGUAUGAGAUGCUCGGAGCAGAGCUGCUGAGUAACCUGUAUGAUAAACUAGGGAGAGUGUUGACUAAUACAGAGCAGCCCACAUCGUGGCAGCACACAGAAGCUUUGCUGUACGGCUUCCAGUCCAUAGCAGAGACGAUAGACGUGAACUACUCCGACGUUAUCCCAGGCCUAAUAGGACUCAUCCCCAGAAUCAAUAUCAACAACGUCCAGUUAGCAGACACAGUGAUGUUCACGAUAGGUGCUCUGGCUGAAUGGUUGGCUGACCACCCGGUGAUGCUCAGCAGUGUUUUGCCCUUGGUGCUACAGGCUUUAGGAAACCCUGACCUCUCGGUUUCCUCUGUGUCUACACUCAAGAAGAUUUGUAGGGAAUGCAAAUAUGACCUGCCCCCUUACGCAACCAACAUAGUCGCCGUAUCUCAGGAGGUGCUUAUAAAGCAGAUCCACAAGACGAGUCAGUGCAUGUGGCUGAUGCAGGCUCUGGGCUUUCUGCUCUCCGCCCUCCCUGUGGAAGACAUCCUCAGAAACCUUCACUCUCUCAUCACCCCAUACAUUCAACAACUGGAGAAACUAGCGGAUGAGACGCCUAAUCCCUCCAAUAAGUUGGCAAUCAUUCACAUACUGGGGCUGCUCUCCAACUUGUUCACUACCCUCGACAUCAGCAAGCAGGAUGACGAAUCAGCGGAUGGCUCAGCGCCACCAGUCAAAGCAGCCCCACCCCCACCUGGACCAAACCCGGUGGUGGUGGUUUUGCAGCAAGUCUUUGCUCUCAUACAGACGGUCCUCAGCAAGUGGCUCAAUGACUCGCAGGUUGUAGAGGCGGUGUGUGCCAUCUUUGAGAAGUCGGUGAAGACGCUGCUCCACGACUUUGCUCCCAUGGUGUCUCAGCUAAGUGAGAUGCUUGGGCAGAUGUACAGUACAAUUCCCCAAGCCCCCGCCCUCGACCUCACACGACAGAUGGUUCAUAUCUUUGCCAGCGAGACAGCCCACUUCCCACCCAUCAAGGCUCUGUUUGAGCUGGUUACCUCGGUAACGCUCUCCAUCUUCCAACAAGGACCCAGGGAUCAUCCUGAUAUUGUUGAUUCAUUUAUGCAACUCCAAGCUCAGGCCCUCAAACGGAAGCCCGAUUUGUUCUUGUCUGAGUCUCUUGAUGUGAAAGCAGUGUUCCACUGUGGAGUACUGUCACUCAAAUUUCCUGAAGCUCCGACAGUCAAGUCAACGUGCUUGUUCUUUACUGAACUGUUACCUCGCUGCUCAGAUGUGCCGCCAUUGGCCAGGUUGGUGCAGGAGGACGGCAAGCUGUUAGUGCAGGCCGUGUUGGAGGGCAUCGGGGGCGGGGCGUCUCGGAGCCUGAUGGACCAGUUUGCAGAAGUGCUUUUCUCCCUGAACAAGCACUGCUUCUCUCUGCUCGCUGUGUGGUUGAAGGAGGCACUGCAGCCGCCAGGGUUCCCGUCGUCACGGGUCACAGUGGACCAGAAAAACCACUUCUCUCAGCAGAUACUCAGAGAACGAGUGAACAAGAGGCGGAUAAAGGAAAUGGUGAAAGAGUUCACACUACUGUGCAGAGGGCUCCAUGGUACAGAGUACGCCGCUGAAUACUGAAACUCUACCCUUGGACUCUCACCUAACCGUGACCUCUACCCUCAGUGCAAACCAGCUGGAUGCCACAACAACAUAGUUCACACCAAACCCUGUCAGUGAAGAUACCAUGAAGUGAUUGUAAAGAUUACCCUAACCCCCGCCGCAGGACAAGACACGAAACCUUCCCUGCACACACCUGCCAUCGGAUUAAUGGACAAAACAUGAAAUCCCCGUUGGCUUUAGGGAGGCUGUCCUCUCUGCUCUGGUUUUCUGUUUCUGUUCUCAGAUUGAUCGCUUCCCCUCUCUCCUCAUUUAAAGGCCUUUUUCUUUGGCAGAGCUUCGAGCAGCACACCCAGCAUGCUGCCUCACGCCUCCUCCUCUCUCUGUCUUGUUCUGCCCCUAUAGAUCUUCCUGUGGUUCCUAGGUUGUUUCCUGGUGAUUAGCAUCCAUAUGAAAUGGUAGUGGUAUCGUACGUAGCUACUUGACAUUAUUUUUCAAAGUAAAUCAAAUUAAGUAUAUAAAUGUAUAUGUACACAAAUAGAAAGAUGGCGGUCGUCGGUCCUGCUGCUGCUGCUGCUAAAGGGAGGCGAGAAGAAUCAAUGUCAGGAGUGGAUUCUGCAGGAAAAAUCACAUGAAUACAGAACUAUUUACUCCCA